GGUUCCGGGUCAACACGUGUUUUGUUGUGCUAAAAACCGAAAGUAGGCAGCUUACGAGACUAGUUGUCUGUUGAAGUGUUGGAAGCAAAGUGGUAGAAAAAUCUCGAGACAAUGCAAACACCACAUUUUCGCCAUCCACGCCAGGGAUCGGGUCCGAGGGCUGGAGGUUUCCGCAGUUCACCUCCCGCUUUCGUCAGGACAGGGAGUAUGUUUCCAUCGCCUCCGUGGGCAUUUUCAACCCCGCCGCCGACGUUUGGACCGAGAUUUGGACAGUGUUCGCCAAAUACCCCACCGAGAGAAUUUGGUGGUAACAGGGGUGGGAAAUAUUUUAACAGCCAUUCGCCGGGUCACACACCGCACAGAUCAAACCCCAGUCCCCGCGGCACACCGUACAGACACUCGCCGCAUGAGAGUCCCGGACGACACUCCGGACAUCAGGGUUCACCACGGACAUCCACACCGUUUGGGUCAACGCAUGGCAGGGGGAGAGGGACAAAUGAUACGGAAAAGUAUUACAAACCAUCAAUGCUCCAAGAUCCCUGGGCUGACCUUCAGCCUAUCUCGGUCACAGAAACUCAGUCUAAAUGCAACUCCCAACAAACCACAAAUACAGGCAGGCAAGGGAGGUACUACAAUUAAAACUUGAUACAUUUCACAGAAAUGUAGCCUAACUUCAGUGAAAACACAAAAGUCACUGUAAAGUCCUAUUUAGUGCACCAAUGUAGCAAUUGCUGGUUUAUUUCAAGCCUGCACCCAAACGUGUCAUUGACUUAAGUCAGGAUUCACCAACAAUAAUUCUGGACAUUUGUUUUUUAAAUCAUGUGUACUUUCUGGUACACAGUCAUUCUCUUUUUUUUUUUUUUUUUUUAUAUCUGUAGUUGAACUACAGGAGAAGAAAGAUGGGUGCUAUUAUAACUGGCAACCUAUUCAAAGUAGUUUGUCCUUUCUGGCCCACUCCCAUGGAGUUUGCUAAUCUUAUUCAUUGAAUUCAGAGGCACCUCUAUAGGCUCAAGAUACAGUCAAAACAAAAGAGGUCUGACCAACACACCCAUCUACCUCUUAACAUUGACUAUAAACUAGAAAAACAAGUAUUUGUAGGUUUGCCUCUUUUCUGCGUUUUUUAUGGACUGUUAAUAUUUUUAACUUUUUAUUUUUGGUUACCUCUUGAUUUUAUAACAAACUGAAAAUGUAUUUUCUGUAUACUGAAAAAAGAAAAGUGGACUUAUUUCAGACAAUAUCAUCAUAAAUAGCCAAUUAAGGACUAUUGUUGAAGCUUAAUUCAAUUAAAAUUUACAAUGCUAAA